AGUCUCUAAUGUCAGUUUGAUAAUUAGUAUUUUUGCAGUGUUGUGUAACUACUUCUCUUAAAAUAAUUUAUUUUAGCACACUAUAAAAGUAAACACAAUGUUUAGUUACAAAUACUACGACACACCGGAAGGCACAGAUAUCUUAAAGAAGACCUUUGUAACAUCUAAAUAUGCCGCCCUGACCGGGCUCGCUGCAGCAUCUUUCGAUGUGCUAAUGUUCUCGCAUCCUAAAGGUGUCAUAAACACCAUAGGUCGUUACGGCUAUAUCAUAGGCCCUCUCGUUGGUAUGGCAUCAGCAUUUACUGUCACCGCAAACGUAGUUCAGAACGUGAGAGGCAAAAACGAUGAGCUUAACUAUUUCCUUGGUGGAGUAGCCGCGGGUUCAAUUUUCGGUGCAUGGCAGAGGUCAUUGACAAUUGGUAUACCAGCAGCAGUGGUCCUGGGUGCCGCGGCUGUGAUUAAGAAGACCGGCGUAGACGAAGGAUGGGUGUUUAUCCCAGAUGUACCUCACGCAACAAAAACUAUCAAGUCUGUUAAUCAUGACUGGAGUCUUGUUAAAGAUGUGGAGGAAUUAAAGAACUUUACUACAGGUUCCUAAAUAUACAAGACUCUUCUAAAGGCAGAUGGUAGUGUAAAUAAGAUCAGAUUGUGAUUAAUUUUAUUUAAGUGUUACAAUUAAAAAAAAUCGAAUUAUU